AUGUUACCAUCAGUACGCGAUCGGUCGGCAAUAGACCGUAUAAGCACUCAGUUGCAAAAGCGUUUGACCAAUAACAGCAAGCAACAACAGUGUGUGACCUCAAAAAUGGACUAUAAUAGUAGAAAAGAGAUUGUUGAUGAUAAUAGUACAAAUGACAAUGUAAAAAGAAGACGUUUAUCGUUUACGGGUGAAGAUUCAAUUGUUGCAGAAGGUAAUGGUAAAGGAGUAGAAGAGGUGGAAGUGCUGGCUGAGUUUGAGGCUGGUUGUGCAGAUAUUCAACGCUUGAAUCCAGCUUCGUCUGAAAGAUGUGUUGAUGGUGCUAUAGAGGAGAGCACUGAUGGAAUUAUUGUCGAAGGACGAGAACUCGGCAAGGGUGCUGCUGAUCCAGGAUCAACUAGGAUACCUCGAAGACCAAAAAAGCGAUUUUUUCCUGGAGAGGGAGGAACUGAUCAAAAGGCUUCAGAAUGCGGACUGGCGGGUUCAGUGCAGCCGGGUGGUUCAGGGUCACCACUAUCGUAUUUAUCGGGAGCAGUUGAUCUCGUGCAAUUAAGACAUCUAUUGUUAUUGAACUCAAGAAAUUGUAUGGGUAACAAUUAUUUGAAUAAUAGCGGCAGUAUUGAUAAAAAUAAUAAUGCGAACUUAAAGCAGACAACUCAACAGAAUGGUAUUGAUGCAACAUUCCUGAUGGACGACAACUGUUCUUACAGUUAUGAUAACAAGCAAAACGAUACUGACAAUAAAUCGGUAACGUUGACGCAGUCCUCAUCAGCACCAACCAUUGUCAGCGCUAAGAACUCGUCACCAUCAAAUAUUAUCGCUGAUAAGAACUUAUCAUCCUAUCACAAUCGUUUAUCACUUCCAUCCUCCUCAUCCCUAUCAUUUUUAUCGCCAACAUCGAGCAGUAAUAUUUCCACAUAUCCAGCACCAUCGGCUGCAACUCAGUUAGUGAACACGAUUAUCAAUAAGACAAAGAAUAUGACAACGUCAACUCCAAUAACGAUUAAGUGCAAAAGUCAGCCUCAACUAGUUGUAACGUCAGAUAGAACGUCAAGUAAUGGGCUUGCGCAUGGGUUUGGGAAAGCUUCAUUUACCGAGGCAAAGACAGAGAUAGAUGAGGGACGGCUUGGAGGGGGAGGGGGCACAACAGCGACAUCGACACAUAAUGGAAGCAAAAAUCUAAUUGAAACUAUCUUCAAUCGAGUCAUCAGCGGUGCGCAAGCUAGUGGUAUCAAGGAAAGUGCUGAUGGUGUUAACAGUCAUACGUUGAUCAAAAACAAUGAGUCAGAAUUGAAGAGAUCGUUGACAGCGGCUGAGAUCUUGAAUGCCAUGCGUGCGCAAUUAUUGGAUAAUCAUAAAACGCAGCAGCAGAAACAACAACAGCGUCUAUUUUCAACAACAGCAAAAAAUGUAGAAGGAACUGGUGGUUCUGAGGUAAUUGCUCAACAUGAUGAAAACGUUUUAGAUGAGGAUCAUUUCUCGGAUAGUGAAUCUUCUGAUCAAGGCACUAAUGAAGGUGAUUCAUCGUGUACCCAAACUCCACCACCACGAGGCUUAGUGCCAUCGACCGAAGGCGAGGGAUUGCAAAUGAAUUUACACGAUGUGUUUUGCUCAGUACCCGGUCGACUCUCUCUUCUGUCGAGUACGAGUAAAUAUAAAGUUACGGUUGGUGAGUUACAACGACGAUUAUCACCACCCGAGUCGUUGAAUGCGUCAAUUUUGGGAGGAAUCUUGAGGAGAGCAAAAUCAAAAAAUGGUGGCAAGUCACUGAGAGAUUCGCUGGAAAAAAUUGGUUUAAUAUUACCAGCUGGAAGACGAAAGGCGGCCAACGUUACAUUGUUAACGUCGCUCGUUGAGGCUCCGACAGGAAAACGAAAACGUUGUUCAGUGACAAUGCGUUCUGGACCACGGCUUCUGAUGAACAUGGGGGAACAGCAAUACUUAAACAGACUGGAUCGAGCAUUCGGUUCGGGGAAUUACUGUUUCACUUUUGCAGCAUAUGCAAAUAAACCAUCGUUCCGGAUCCUCAUUAGCGCUUCAAACAUGCAAGUGGCGUAUAGGAGUAAUGAUAAUAAUAACAAUAAUAAUAAUAAUAAUUUAGGUGAGGCAAUCCAUAUGGCGAAAGAUUUUAGUUUUGCAUGCUCAACAGAAUUUCCGUCUCGGCAGAUAGCUGAAUAUACGCAGCGCGACUUUGCGGCAUUAUCGGAUACGGAGAUUGAAAAAAGACGUGAAAAACUGAGAGCUGCGAGGCUUGUGUUGAAGGAGUUUAUGGAAGUAUUGCAAUUGGAUCGAAGUCCAUUGUUGAAUAAUAAACCUAAUCCGGUGCUCGGCGAUUGCUUGCAGAAGCCCAUGACAAACUUCUCGUUGGUGACACACGGCUUUGGAACGCCAGCGAUAUUAGCAGGAAUGACAACAUUCAUGAAUUUUUUGCAAGAAUCAUUAGAUGUGCUCAACAGUGCGCAGUACGAGAAUGAUUUACAAACAGCUGUCAAUAAUGCAGAUUCAUCGUUGGCUGCAGCCUUAUCAUAUCAGCUGAUGAAAAUCAACGCAAGUCAAACACCACCGACUGUCACUAAUAAAAUUUUUUAG